UUCGCUUUUUACGCAGUGGAGGAGAUGAACGCUCGGAUAGCGAGAUCCAACCCGGCCAUGAAACUGAUCGUGCUCUUCACAGCUUCUCUUUCCUGGGCCUUCCAGCAACAGGAAGUUGUGCCUAAGUACCAGCACCGCGACCCUGUGACGUCUGAACUCCUCCUGUGUGACCAGUGUCCUCCUGGCACGGCCGUGAAGCGACACUGCACCACUGACAUGCCCACAGAGUGCCAACCCUGUCCCGAGAGACACUUUGCUGAGAACUGGCACUGGGGGGAUACGUGUCAAUACUGCACCUCGGUGUGCAAGGAGCGGCAACUCGUGAGGCAGCACUGCAACAGCACCCAUGACCAACUGUGUGAGUGUGCCCCAGGAUUCCACCUUGUGGUGGAGUUCUGCAUCCAACACAGUACCUGUCCACCUGGAUACGGAGUGACAGCUUUAGGUACGCCAGUGAGCGACACCAUGUGUGAGCACUGUCCACCUGGUCAUUUCACUGCCGGCAGCUCGGCCACUGAGCCAUGUCAGCCCCACAGAAACUGCUCGGAUUGGGGCCUGAAGACGCUGAGGUGGGGGACGUCCACUUCAGACAGCCUCUGCGGCAGUCAGCUGGAGUGCUCCCAGCAUCACACUCUGUGCCACACUGAUGUGAACCUGUGUGAGGAGGCAGUGUUCCAGUCUCUCGCCUCGCUGCAACUGUCCUCGGUGCCCCUGGAACGGCUAUUGGAGAGCCUCCCAGGCCGGAGGGUGGAUCGCAAGAGCCUGGAGAGGCUGAAAAAGGCCUGCUCCCCUCACCAGCAGGUCCUCCACCUGCUGCGACUGUGGAGGGAGCAGAACAAGGACCAGGACAAGCUGUACGGCAUCAUAAGAGGUGUGAACCACUGUGAGAGGAAGGUCUCUCGCUGCAACGGCCUGAAGAACCUGACCUUGGACGACCUCCUGCAGGUCACCAACAGCCUGCCGGGGGUCAGGGUUCAGCAGGAGGACGUCCAGGCCGUGGUCUCGACCUGCCUGCCCAGGCAGUACAUCCUGCAGCUUCUUCACCUCUGGAAGACGGCAAACUACGACCUGGAUCUAGCCAAAGGCCUGUCUCACAGUCUGAGGGUGCUGCGCAGCCAGGGGGCGCCGCGCUACCUGCUGAAGGGCCUGAAGAAGAUCAGCCGCAUCAUAGGAACCACCUCAGCACACAAGUUGUAUGAGAAGAUGUUUGUCAGUAUGCUGCAGGACGAGUUGUGUUUUAAGGGCCAUAAGCCGUUAAAUGAAUAAGAAAUACAUGCAGAAAUACAUGCAGAAAUACACACACACACACACACACACUGAACCUGGGGCAUAAAGGUAUGUGAAAGAGUCACAGACAUGGGUCACAUGAUAAUUUCAGGUCUUCAAGAUAUCACCAAAUGAUAUCAAGCUAUGCACAUUGUGCCAGGAGGUAUUUUGUCAUAAAAGAAAAAUGGAAAGAGAAAUUCUUCUUCCUGUUACUGGUGUUCUAUCAAAUUAUUAUUGAUUAUAUGAGGUGACACAUGCUGAUAAAAACUACAGUACGGUUAAAAAUUCUAUCUAUGUAAAGUAUCCGUCUGCAGUUAUAAAAUGAAAAGGAAUUGAUAUAAAAAGAAAUCCUAUUUGACAUCUGUGUACUCCAGGCAGACUUAAUCAAAAUGUUAAAAAGAAUUAUAUUUCCUGGAAACCUUUUGACCAGAGUCUGUGAAAAAAGAAACUAUUUAAGAUGUAAAUAGCACACUGUUUUAUGGAAGAGGGGCUGUUUUUAUUAUUGUUGCUUUCUCGCUGUUUGAGAAGAAGGAUUUGGUUUCAUAAUGAAAUACAUGUAAUUUUCUACAGUUUCCCUUUGUUUGUUGGUUUGUUGUGGACUGCUGGCAAGUAAAGCUCGUCUGAAUUUUUAUUUUUAAAUUGUCAGCUUUAUGAAUGUACAAAGGAGUGCAAUUGUUUUCUAUUUAAAAAAAAUGUAGUUUCUGAACAUGUAAAAGCUUGUUUUUUUUAUUACUUCAUCAGAAAUACUGGAUUCCAAAUGCUGCAAGUUCAUGAAGUGAUAUUUGUUUUAUAUUUUGUUCACUUUUAUAUUAUUAAAUGUAUGAUCUCUAUUGUAUAUAUGCUUGACUGGUCCUCUUUAAGCUCGUGUAA